UCCCCCUCCUUCUACAUUUAGGUAAUUUCUUUUUUAUUUAUUAUCUCGCAAUUUUUGCACACUGUUUUCGCAUAGAACCCGUUGACCUAGGAAGCUGCAAAUUUCAGAAUCGUCUUUUUCGACCUCGAUUUACCUAAUAACCAAAAUGCAGCCAUUUCUAUCGCAUUUCGAUUUCAAAGCUAAUUUUACUGGACUAACGAGAUAAGCUAGAUUCGUGCCAGCGAAUAACAAGCAGCGCAUCAGCCGCUCCUAUCGCAUCGUAUUCUCGUCAAUCCGUCGCGAGACACCGAAUCGAACAGCUGUGCGCUGUACAGUGGAAUUUAAAGUCUCAAAUACUUUCGUGAUAAUGAAAAUUGCAGUACUGGGCGGAGGUUGCGUUGGUCUGACGACGGCUGUUCAUUUGCAGAAUGAACUGCGCAAUAGCGCAAAACUCGACGUAAUAGCCGAGACCUUCGACGAGACCACCAGUCAUAUAGCGCCGGGAAUUUUCCGGAUAGGGGCCAAUUACACCGGUCCUACCGAAGAGAUAACAAGAAAAUGGGUGUCGGAUUCGUACGAGUACUACGAUGCGAUCAACCGCUCGCCCGAUGCCGCUAUCGCCGGUGUCACCAACCUCUCUGGCUACAUGUAUUCAAACAAUCCAUUCGAGAAGAAUCCCUUCAUGGAAGAGCUAGUUCCAAUUUACAGAAAAUGUACCGAGGAAGAACUGCAACUGGUAGAAGGCGGAUGGAAGUACGGAAUGUUCACGUCAACUCUGUUGACGCAUCCCACCUUUUAUCUCCCUUGGGUACGGAAAAGAUUGGCUGCGAACGGUGUGAAUUUGGUAACGCGACGAGUUGAGUCUCUGAAAGAACUUGCCAAGGACUACGACAUCAUCAUUAACUGCACAGGACUUGGUGCAAAGAGACUUUGUCAAGACAGGUACAUGGUUCCCAUCAGCGGCCAAAUUAUUAAAGCCAAAGCACCCUGGAUCAAGACAUUCUUUUACGCUGACCUUAAUACCUACAUUAUCCCCGGUCCCGACGGGCUUAUUACGUUGGGCGGUAACCGAGAAUAUGGAUCUUAUGAUGUUAGUAUCUGCAGACAUCAAGCUGCCGCGAUACGCGAACGCUGUGAGAAAUUGGUUCCGUCAUUAACGAAAGCAGAGACAGUGAUUCACAAGAACGGAAUUAGACCUCACAGAGAAGGAGGCAUCCGAUCAGGUACAGAGAAAAUUCAGGAUGGACUUCACAGUGCUACGGUUAUUCACAAUUAUGGACACAGCGGCUACGGUAUAUGUACAGCACCAGGCACUUCUAAAUACGCUGUUGAAUUAGCUAAAGAUGCUCACAGAUUAGCAUAAUUAUGAGUGCAGUAUUUUCAAUGAGAUUUUCCUUAACUCUCAUACUCCUAUUUACAGUUUUUUGUAUAAACUAAGUAUACGAGGAUAAUAAAAAAAUUAAUUGUUAAUUUAAGAUAUAAAUUACAAAAUGUACAGUUUAAUAAUAAAUCAUACAUUGUUCACUUGGAUAAGAAGUAAAAAUAAAAACGAAUCUUAAAAAAUUCGCUUUAUUUCGUUUUUUACUUCACAUUCAAAAUGAAUCACUUAAUGCGGCUAAUACUGCUCAAUGACGGUUUUCGCGUUGUUGAUUGUCGUUUGUUCACAGCAAGCACUAUUUUAAUUUGAUUUUUCGAAUAAAACUAUUGUAUAUCACGGUUUCUCUUACGUCUCUGCACUAAAACGUUGCACGUAUAAUUGUACAGUGAAAUCGAUGAACAUAAAGUACGGAUAAUUGAACUUCAAGACAUCCUAAUAGAGCCAAGGAACUUGUAUGCUGUACGUACAAGUUAUCAGGAAUGGUUGAAUCGAGAAAUAAAUAUAAAGUUUCUUGAGUGACCGAGAUGUGGCCCCAUUAUUUCUUGCCAGGCUUCACAUUCUUUCGAGGUGGCGCACCCCAUCUCAGAGCUGAACUGUCUACUGUGAGUCUUGGCCUCUUGUACUGGCUACUUUUGAUGUGUUCAUCUACUAACUUGGGUGUGACGCAUAUAACGUGUUGACCUUUCCAGUACUUAACCAUGUUCAUACUUUGCAAAGUUGAAAUGAUGUCGGUUUGCGAUAUACUAGUCAUUUGACUGUAAAAAGAAAAUAUUUUGCAUUAUUCAAAAUAUCAAUAGAAUAACCAAGCCAAUCGUUUAAUUGAUAUCUUACCUUAAAUCUUUAAUACUCAAUGUACCCCUAAAAUCCCUCAGAAUUUCUAAAAGUAUCCAACUCCAGUAACUUCGAUAAGACAGCUUUCCUAAAUCACUUAACGGUUUUUCUGGACUUCCGACCGUUUGCUCAAUUCUACUAAGCUCAUAACUAAAGGCUAUUAGAAGUUUGCCAUAUCCUUGUCUUUGAAAU